AUGGCCGAACGAGCAUCGAACGAGGUGGCUGAGAAGUCAGUCCAUGAUCCCACCGCGGAGGUCCUAGAGGUCGAAAGGGCAGCGGAAUCUGAGCAGGAAAAAUUCCACUUAUCUCAAUUGAACAAGGUCGUGUGGCCUGUGUCGCUGGGCCUCCUGUUUGCGUGGACCGCUCAACAAGAAAUUCCCACUGUUAUCAACCCCAUUCUUGGUCCCCUAAAUGCCAGCCUCGGACCAUCAGAGACAUAUACUUGGAUUUCAUCCGCCUACAACAUGGCUAUAGCCAUUUCGUGGUGCUUUGUUGGUCCGUUAUCUGAUGCUCUCGGUCGACGAUGGUUCUUCCUCUGUGGAGGUGUUCUGGGCAUUAUAGGGGGAAUUGUUGCCGGUACAGCAAAGAGUGUUAAUACUGUCAUUAUCGGCAUGACCUUCUUGGGUGUAGCCGCGGCAAGUCAACAGGUCUCUGCUGCUGCAGCAGCAGAAAUCUUCCCAAUGAAGUGGAGAGGUUAUGUCCAAGCGGCGAUUGAGGCGCUGCCGUUUGCAUUUAACACUUUUGGGUCUCUCAUCGGAUACUCCAUGGUAAAAAGUGCCACGUGGCGCUGGGGGUUUUACAUCAACAUCAUCAUCGCCGCCAUCUCGACACUGCUUUUGUUCUUUUUCUACCAUCCGCCGGUGCCUCAGAAGGAGCUCUCCCGCUUUCAGAUUCUCAAGACUAUCGACUUCGUCGGCUGCGGUCUUUUCAUGGCUGGGCUUGGAGCUUUUCUACUCGGCCUGACUUGGGCUGCUGGAUCAUACCCUUGGAAAUCAGCACCGGUGCUGGUCCCAAUGCUUCUGGGAGUCUUACUUCUAGUUAAGCCUAUGGCUCGUCAAAUCCUCUUUUUCCAGGACGGAUAUUCAAAAGAUCUACAGGGUGCGUUUACUCAAUUUAAGAAACUCGGCCUAGCUGACGCGAUCUAUUAUCACAGGAUGAUCAGCCUGACCAUCGUUGUCUUCAUCGGCUCCAUCCCGCUCUAUGCCAUGCUGAGCGGCUGGGCACAGGAAGUGACAAUCCUGUUUACACAAGACCCUCUUAAAAUUGGUAUUUACGGAAUCCCUCAGGGAGUAGGGCUGGAGUUUGGCGCCGUCUUUGCUGGACUUCUGGUGAAGAUCAUCGGGCAUACGCACCUCCAACUAACGGCAUCAGCCUUCUUUACAACGCUGUUUGUCGCUCUCAUGGCGGUCUUGACACCUAAGAGUAUCAAUCCCGCGUUUGCCUUCCUGCUGUUGGGCUGUAUGGCCAUGAACUAUCUCCAGGUUACUGCAAUGAUCAUGGCACAACUUGGAGUUGAGCAUCGUGAUCUGGCCAAAGCAACUGGUCUCCUGAGCAUUGCCCGAAACGCUGGUGGCGCUAUUGCAGUUGCCAUGUUUUACUCGAUCUUGCGGUCUCGUGUCAGCGCCAAUCUGCCUCCAAGAGUGACAGAUGCAGUUCUGGCCUUGGGUCUUCCAGAGUCCUCACUUCCCGGGGUAUUACAAGGCGUGGCUUCUUUCAAUCAGACUAUGAUCAACGAAGCUCCUGGAGCGACACCAGCCAUUGCAGAAGCCGCCGUCUAUGCCGGCAAAUUGGCAUAUGCCGCUUCCUUCCGAGUGAUCUACUAUGUCGGUCUUGGCUUGGGUGUGGUCUCGAUCGUCGCAGCCUACUUCACUAAUGAUGUGAUAUCUCGCAUGACCGACACUCUUCAGGUCGACCUGAACGAGAAAGAUCAUGCACACCUCUUCAAACCUACUCAAGUCGAAGGGGUCGUUCGUGAUGAGCCAUAA